AGGCCCAUGGAGAGGAUGAAGAGGUUUAAGAGACGUUUGUCGCUCACCCUGCGUGGUAGUCAGACAAUCGAUGAGUCGCUCUCUGAGCUGGCGGAACAGAUGACCAUCGAGGAGAACAGCAGCAAGGACAGCGAGCCCAUCGUGAGGAAUGGACGGCCACCCUCUUCCCACAGCAUGCACUCGUUCUUGCACCAGUACACAGGCUCCUUUAAGAAGCCACCUCUGCGUCGGCCACACAGUGUCAUCGGGGGCAGCCUAGGGUCCUUCAUGGCAAUGCCCCGAAAUGGCAGUCGUCUCGACAUUGUUCAUGAGAAUCUGAAGAUGGGUUCUGAUGGAGAGAGCGAUCAGGCCUCAGGGACGUCCUCUGAUGAAAUUCAGUCACCCACUGGUGUGUGUCUCCGCACCAGAACACACCGCCGCAUAUCCAUGGAGGACCUGAAUAAACGCCUGUCUUUGCCUGCUGAUAUUAGGAUUCCUGAUGGUUACCUGGAAAAGCUUCAGUUGAGCAGCCCACCGUUUGACCAACCCCUCAGCCGACGAUCACGCAGAGCCUCGCUGUCAGAAAUCGGGUUUGGGAAACUGGAGACCUACAUCAAACUGGACAAGUUGGGAGAGGGGACGUAUGCCACCGUCUUCAAGGGGCGGAGCAAACUGACUGACAACCUCGUAGCUCUGAAAGAAAUCAGAUUGGAGCACGAGGAGGGAGCGCCAUGCACGGCUAUUAGAGAGGUAUCAUUACUGAAGGAUUUAAAGCACGCCAACAUCGUCACGCUUCAUGACAUCGUCCACACGGACAAAUCCCUAACUCUCGUUUUUGAGUACCUGGAUAAAGAUCUGAAGCAGUACAUGGAUGACUGUGGGAACAUCAUGAGUAUGCACAAUGUUAAGAUUUUCCUGUUCCAGAUCUUGCGAGGGCUGGCGUACUGCCACGGACGGAAGGUUUUGCACAGGGACCUGAAACCACAGAACCUGCUCAUCAACGAGAGAGGAGAACUCAAACUGGCUGAUUUUGGUCUGGCGCGAGCCAAGUCUGUCCCCACUAAGACGUACUCUAACGAAGUGGUGACCUUAUGGUACAGACCUCCUGAUGUACUCCUGGGUUCCUCAGAGUACUCCACACAGAUUGACAUGUGGGGUGUUGGAUGUAUAUUUUAUGAAAUGGCUGCAGGUCGGCCGCUGUUCCCCGGAUCCACCGUUGAAGACGAGCUGCAUCUAAUCUUCAGAUUACUGGGUACGCCUACAGAGGACAACUGGCCUGAUAUCUCAUCCAUCGAAGAGUUCAAAUCCUACAACUUCCCCAAAUAUAAGCCUCAGCCCUUCAUCAAUCACGCACCCAGGUUGGAUACAGAAGGAAUAGAGCUGUUGUUGUCCUUUUUAAGGUAUGAGUCCAAGAAGAGAAUCUCUGCAGAUGAAUCGAUGAAACACUCCUACUUCAAGAGUCUGGGCAUGCGUGUGCACACACUGCCAGAAAACAUAUCCAUAUUUACACUGAAGGAAGUACAGCUUCAGAGGGACCCUGGUUACCGGAACUCCUCGUACCCAGAGACAGGAAACGGCAAGAACAGAAGGCAGAGCAUGCUGUUUUAAGAUGCGUUCCCUCGCACACUUGCCCUUCGCGAACACACCCCCUCACACAAACACACAAGCACACAUACUUAACGGAUCAGGUUGAUGGCUCUUAAUCCGUGAAUGUGUUGUAGAGGCUAACUGACUAGCCCCCCUCUCACUCUCCGAGAGACGGUGUUUUUGUGUGCAUGCGUGAUAAAGGGAUUGGUGGAACCUACUGUCUGUCUCACCCCAAUGACCCGCCUCCAGCAUGCAGCCUUGAGCCAGAACGGCCAAAUGCCCUUUGUCUGGACGCCCUGCCCCUUCCCAAGUGUGAUGAUUAGGGUGUGCGAGCGCGUGUGAACGUGUAAAUAUUUAUUGACUGGGGGGUUGUUUUGCUGCUAAUUGACUACUGUCUUCAUAACUUCCUCACUCUUGGGCGACCCUAAGUGGUUGCCAUGGACACAUCAGUCCCAUGUCGAUAAUUAUUAUUAUUUUUUUUAAAUAAGUGAUUAUAAUUCCGUUGAAAUGUUCAUAUCACAACUGUUGUUAGUUGUUGUUUUGAUUUUACAGAGAUGGAAUGCCUAUACGUGUGUGUUAAAUUUAAUUUUGUUUUUCUGGCAUAGCGAUUUCGCUCUAAGAAAAAGAAAGAGCGACAGAAACAUUCAAAAAUGCUCCCUUCCAAGAUAUUCAUUCCAAACCUCAAAUUUUAAUGUACCAUUUCAAAAGAAACCAACACUUCCUUCAUUGCCUUGCUCUGAUGUGGGAAUGUGCUUUAUCUGUAAGGACAAUGCCACACCGACAGCUUUGGGCCUGCUGAGCUCAGGUGACCACCUCAAACAGGUUGGAUUCGGAAAUCUCCAACUUCAUCAAGAAGAUUGUUAGUCGGAUGAAUCUGUGACUGUUUUGAGUUUAUGGUCUUGCUACAGCACAUCCGGUUGAUGUGACGGAAGGGACGGUAGAAAACAAACACUGGAGCAGCGGGAACCAUGUGACCUCACCAGUCUGACUGAGAACCGGACCAUCUUUUCUUAAAGGGAUAGUUGACCUAAAAAUCAAAAACAUUAUGUCAUGAUUUACUAACCUUCAUGUUGUUCCCAAAC